GACGUUUUUCACAAGUGCCUGAAUUUUCGGUUUUCUUUUCGAAAAAUAUAUAUUUGACAUGUUCACUGGUAUAUGGGACUCAAACCACUUUUAUGAUUAAAACGUGCAGAUGAUGAUUUUGAUAUGUAGCAGAAACUGACAGUUCCAGCAGAGACUAACAAGCUAAGCUGGUGUUUGACUGAAAUGGGAACCAAUAUGACAUGUGUUAAGAAGGACCCUAAAGUAGCAGUUGAAGACCUAGAGAAUGUCUACCAUGAAAAACAAGUGAAAGAAUUAUGUGCACUACACACCCUUAAUAAUCUUAUGCAGGAGAAAAUCUUCUCAAAGGUGCAGCUUGAUGAACUUUGCCACAAAUUAUCCCCAGAGAAUUGGAUCAAUCCUCACCGUAGUGUUCUUGGGUUUGGUAAUUAUGAUAUCAAUGUCAUUAUGGCUGCUCUUCAAACCCAAGGUCUUGAAACCAUCUGGUUUGACAAAAGAAAGGAUGUGAAUACACUGAGACUGGACAACAUUCGAGGUUUCAUCCUAAAUAUCCCCACAGAAUACAAGUGGGGCUUCAUAACUCUACCUAUACAUAGGAAACACUGGAUUAGCAUCUGUCAAAUAAAUAACAAAUACUUUAAUCUUGAUUCAAAAUUGGAUAACCCUGAGAAGAUUGGCCAAGCCAAAGAAUUGAGAGCCUUCCUCACAAAAGCCCUGGGCAGUAAGGAUAAGGAGUUAUUUGUAGUUAUAACCGAGGAAGUAGCUCAAGGCGGAAUCUGGCGUCAGGAACGAGUUUCAAAUUCAAAUUCCCGGGAGACGAUAAAAUCAACUAGUUGUUCUAGUUUGAAAAAAGCACAAAUUAAACUGAACCAGAGUUUUUCGGCUGAUAAUUUAAAACUUAACUCCUCUAAAACUGGCAGGAUUAAAUCUGGAGAAACUAAAAGUGAUAAAAUGAAGCAGCAUAAUAGUGAUUUCAAUAUAGAGGGGCAAUGUGCAAGUACUAGUCAAACAUAUACAACAAAUCACCAUAGUGAUGAGAUACAAAAGGGGACAAGCCCAGUUAGCCCACUAGCAAGUACUGAAAUUGCCCAUUCAAAUAAUGUCUCUAAUGAAGAUAGAGCUAAGAGAGGAGACACACAGGAUUUAGUUGACAGUGACAUCAUGGUAGAAAAUAUGGUGUGACAAAAAUAAGUUGUGAGAAAAAGUGAUGUACAUGUUGUCUU